AUGUUGCGUCGAUCUCAUCGCCUGUGCCUCUACUACCUACCGGAGAUUUUCGAGUGCUACAAUCGAGCUUACCUGCCGUUCCCCGAUCCUCCUGAGCAAGUACUGGUGAAUGCCGUUGAACAUGAUAAGCUGUCUGUCUGCUGGCGACCACCACCCGUCCAUGAAUCCAACAAGAACUUUCCUGUCGUUGAUUACACCGUCUACUACAAGGAGAUUCCCAACUUCCCACUUAUGGGAGGUGAUAUUGGUGUUCCGCUUUUGAAUGGUGAUUACUCGGAAUUUGGAGAUAUCGAUGAUGACGUUGACUAUGUGAAUCCUGAUGGUACCACGGAAAAACCUGCAGACCGAACUCGACGAGAGGAUAGGGGAGCUCUUAACCUUCAACCUCCUGAAGAGCAAUCGGCCAUACCGAAGUCGCUGACCACCAGUGUCAGACGGAAGCGUGAUACGGUAGUUGUGAUGACACGAGAUGAGGCAACGAACUCCACUACUAUUCGCGAAUUCAACUUCCAAAGCGUGAGUGACCUUAUUCAUACCAUCAUAUGCUUCCCAUCAACACAACAAACACUUGUCAAACUAUCAGCGAUCUGCGUUCUUCUACUCGAUACAUUGUCUAUGUCACCUUCACGGAAUGAGUACGGCACCAGUGUUCCGAGCGUGCGAUCGAUUGCCAGCACAAAUGUACAUAUGUUGAAGAACAAUGAUAGUAUCCCCGAUGUUAUGAGUGAGUUUAUGAAACCUCUCCUCUGGAAGCAGAGAUCUGUUCCUUCAUAA